CCACGUAUUUUCGUGACGCAGAAAGUAUCUAGAUCUUCUUGUGCUCGUCGCGAGUGUUCUUGAGCCUAUUCAACAUUAUAGGCGCUCGCAUACGCGACCUCGUGACUUGGCGGCAGGGGUGCAUAUAUAUAUUCCUUCACACGAGGUCAAAGUUUUCAUCCAACCUGAAUGUCGCUGCUGACUCGAAACGUCCUCGCGUCCACAGGGGCUGAAUGACGCAUAUGCAUGCUCGAAGAGUCAUCUGCGGAAGGGGGCUGAUGAAAAGCAGUCAAAUCGAGCUCGGCGUGCUUUGUACCUGCUGCUGAGUGCCGGUUCGUCUUUUUUUGCUUUCAUGCGCCCGUCUCGCGCAGUUAGCCCUCCUGAUGCGGCUGGACUUUCAACGUGGAUAUGUAGCGUAUGAUGAAUGCUGGCUUCGAACCAAGCGGCCAAGGUGCUGGACAAAGGCGUCAAGAGGAUGAGAAAAAGGGCAUCUUUGCCGUGCAUGGCGCUGCGGUGCUGUCACGAACUGCUGAGGGUAGGAAGGAGGGCAGUCGCUGCACUCUCCUAAACCCGUGCCAGGCACAGCUAAGAGCGCUUCGGGUGAAGAUAGAUGUGAUGGCGCUAAGGCAGGUAGCUAAAGGAGUGCUAAUGCAGAUCACCAUGCGGUUCGUUAUCGCUAAAGGUCUCAGACGAUGGCAGCAAUGGCUGGACGCCGAGGAAGCAGCUCAGCGCGGUCAUAGCUAUGCUGCUUGUACUUAGCUGUGCUUGGAUGCCCGAUGGCCGCGCAGGACACCAUGCCGCGAAAGACUUCAUAAGCGUGUCGGCUCUGUCGCCAUCGUCAAUGCGUAGAGGCAACGCUCCAAGACGUCUCCCUCCCAAUUGGCCCAGAGGGCUGUCCCCUGCGAAAGGUGUACCCUACCUUCUCACCCCAUCCAUCGCCACCACCUUCUGAUCU